GCAAAUAUACCGAAUGUAGAAAAACAAGAAAAGCGGUCACUCCUUCCGAGCUGUGACUGGCAGAGAUGGGCUUCGUUCGGGGAUUGCUGCUCGACGAGUCGCUUCUCCUUGCCGACGACGAGCAUGGUGAUCCCUUUCUCCCUCCGAGAUCCGCGAGAUUGCUUCGCAGGCUUCAGUAUUCUAAACUUCGUGUGGGCAUUUGUCAUCAAGAGGAUCUGUCAAGUAGAAAGGCAAAUUUUCUUGGAAGAACAGCAGCUUUGUACUCCUUAGAGUGCAUCUCUAUGAAUCCAUUAUUUAUAACUGAUUCACUUAAUAAGAAGCUACCAGCCUUGAGUGGCUCUGGUGAAACUUGUUUUUAUGUGGCAUCAGGAAAAAGUAACGAGCCUAUAUCUGAACUUAAGAAACUGGGUUGGAAGAUCAUAUACCAGAGUGUUGACAGUUUGCCCACAACAAACAAAGAUGUGCUACUUAUUAGCCAAUUGGAAGAGCUGCCAUUCAUUCUUUCUGGUUUCAAUAAAAAGGAAGAUGACAAUUUGAUUGUGGUCGGAUAUGUUAUGAAACCAUCACGGGAAGAGGAUUUUGCCAAGAGAGGUGCGUUUCCGAUGUGUCCUACUCAAAAUGGACUGAUGUUUGUUCCUCUCACGCUAGAGCUUCCUUUAGAGGUUCAAAUGAAAGCAGUUGAUGCAAUUCUUCAUAAAGCAACUGAUGAGAUCAUCAGCAUUGACAUGAGUUCUUCAGUUGAUUUACCAAAAGGAAUUUCUUUCUCUGGUGGAAUGUGUGAACUAGAAAGGUAUUUCCGGGGCCAUCCUGAAUGUUGCAUAGUUGAUCCCCUUGGUAAAAUAUAUCCACUGCUGGAUCGUCUUAAGAUACAAGGAAUUUUACUUGGAUUGGAGGACCUCAACAUCAAAAAUCACAAUAAAAUCAGAGGGCCUCAUUUUAUGAAGCUUGAUAGUCUUCAAGAUAGCAAUAUUGGGGACUUACUAUUACAAUCCAAAUUGUCUUUUCCUGUCAUUUUAAAGCCUCAAGUUGCAUGUGGAGUUGCAGAUGCACAUAACAUGGCAUUGGUGUUUAAACUUGAAGACUUUCAGGAUUUAUCUGUUCCACUUCCAGCUAUUGCUCAGGAAUAUGUGGACCAUGGAUCUCUGCUGUUCAAAUUUUAUGUACUGGGGGAUAAAGUUUUCUAUGCUAUCAAGAAGUCUAUGCCAAAUGCCAAUGUCUUGGUGUCAUCAUCAGAAAAAACCGGCUUCUCUCCGCUUCAAUUCAAUAGUUUGAAGUCUUUGCCUGUCGCUAAAGAGGACCAACCUUCUUCAGAUGUUCAGAAGAUUUCCGAGCAAUCUCUGGAUUUGGAAUUAGUUCACCAAGCUGCAAAUUGGUUAAGAACAACCCUUGGUCUCACUAUCAUUGGAUUUGAUGUUGUUAUACAAGAAGACAGCGGUGACCAUGUCAUAGUGGACCUAAACUAUCUUCCAUCUUUCAAGGAAAUUCCCGACUGUGAUGCCAUACCUGCAUUUUUUAACGCAAUUAAGCAUGCAUACGAGUUAUGGAAAACAAAGCUGGUGACCAAAAAUCCCUCCGAUGCACUUUGAAUUGAUGAUCAAUGAUAUGCUAACACAUGAACAACACAGUAUGUUUUGUUUUAAAUUUUGAAGCAUGUUGAACUUCUGAAAAUUUUUAAAACUUCAGAAUGGGAAUAAAUUUUCAGGAACAGGAAGUUGGCUUAUUUGCUUCA